AUGGCGAAAACGAAACCUAAUGACAAGAAAACACAGCGCCAUGCAAAGUCGGCUCUGAAUCGUGCUGCUGGCAGCCACUCAAAACAGUCUACUCGUACUCCAACAGAAAAACCCGAAGUCCUCCUUGGUCAAGCCACAGCUAGUCUCCAGCAGGGUGACAUUGAACAGUCGGUACUUUUAGCGAAACGAGCUUUGGGUCUCCUCGAUACUCAGUCUGCCCAGUCACUUCCAGCGUUCAACCUUCUAGGCGAAAUCCACAUCGAACUGGGUGAAAUCGAAGCGGCCAGGCAGUAUUUUCUGCAAGCGGUAGCCAUUGACACCGACGGCACUGUUGAUGAGGAGCUGGGAGGUGGCGCAGAGAAAUUUCUGUGGCUGGCACAAUUGAGUGAGGAGGGUGGAACUGACAGUUUGAGAUGGUACGAAAAAGGCGCUUCGGCUUUACGAACACAAAUACAAGCCUUGCAGGAGCGAAAAAAGUUAAAUGAAGUUGGCGAGCUAUUGCUAGAGGAAAAGAAGAAGAAGCUAGCGGUAGCAUUGUGCGGAGUUGUUGAAGUAUAUAUGACAGACUUGUCUUGGGAAGAAGACGCGGAACAGAAGUGCGAAUCGUUAGUGACGGAAGCUACUUUGGUGGCUCCUGAGUUUCCCGAGCCAUGGCAAACUUUGGCGAAUGUUAGGAUAUCGCAAUCAAGGCUUCAAGAUGCGCAGGCGGCAUUGAGGAGGAGUCUAGAUUUGUGGAAACAUCUGCCUCCCGAAAAUUCGCAAAUCCCCGAUUUUCCCACAAGAGUCAGUCUAGCAAGGCUGCUGAUGGAGUCGGAUAUGGAUGUUGAAGCUAUCGAGGUUUUGGAGCGACUGGUGGGUGAAGAUGACAGUAGUGUCGAGGUAUGGUAUCUUGGGGGUUGGGGCCUCUACAUAUUGGGAGAAAAGCAGAGGAAUGGUGAAUUGACGGCCGAGACUAGUGAUGGAGACAAUUGGAGAGUCUCCUGGGUAUCAAGUCGGCAGUGGCUGUCACACAGUCUCCGUUUGUUUGACCAGCAAGACUACGAGGACGAGAGGCUCGGUGAACAUGCCAGGGAGCUUCUUGCAACACUAGAAGCUGCACUCGGUGGUGCGGUAGGGGGUGGCGAAGAUGAGGAUGGGGAUGAAUGGGAGGACGAUGAAGACGAAAAUGCUGAUGAAGAAAUGGCCGGGUCUUAG